UGUUAAGUCAAGAGAGGGAAAAUAAAGUUUGUUUAUAAAUUGUUAGUCCGAGACCGAGACGUAACAUAAGAAUCAUUGAAGACUGGGUUGAGUAUCAGCUGUCAGGAGGGGAAUUAAGUGUGUUUAUAUUUCAUAAGUCGAAGAUGUUACCGAAUUUACGCCAAAAACUGUUGAAUGGGUCGUAAAUAUUGAGAUAUAUCGGUUACACGUGAGAACUAUGCAGACUAAAUACAGUGGACUAUUACGAUGACAACACCAAGUUUAAUACCGCUAGUAGCACUACCAAUACCAGGAGACAUUCUCUCAUGUCUCCAAUCUGCCGGUUACCUUUAUUACGAAGACAUCGAACAUGAAGGGAGUACACGUAGGCGGAGUAGUGCGCGGAGACGGUGGACACUUACACAGGGCUCUCCAGCUGAUAAUAUAGUUAAAAAAUUUGCAAGUAAUACAAAACUGUUUUGGAAAGCUGCUAUGUCACCACCUGAAGUAAAGACGGCACUUGACAUCUGGCAGGAGGAGAGUGAGCUGUUUGGCAUUGUGACUUUCUGCAAAGCAAUUGAUGACAUGUUAGAUGGAGGUAUUCCACUACAGAGCAUCACAGAAUUUUGUGGAGCACCAGGUUCAGGGAAGACACAGCUCUGCUUGCAGCUUUGUGUUGAUGUGCAGAUUCCGAACAUAUUUGGUGGUCACGAAGCAGAAGCUGUGUAUAUAGACACAUCAAGCAGUUUCACAUUGAUUAGAUUGUCAGAUAUGGCUGAUGCUUGCAUCAGUCAUUGUUCUUUAAUUGCCAGACAACAAGGUAAACUCCCUGCCUCAACUUUCACAAUGGAAGCAAUAAAAAAUGGCAUAUCUUAUAUAUCAGUAACAAACCACAUACAGCUGUUGGCUGCAGUCUUUCAACUCAGUGACAUUUUAGAAAAAAGAAAUGUAAAAUUGAUUGUCAUUGAUAGUAUUACAUUCCCUCUCCUAUAUGGAGAACUGAGCAGCAUCCAGAGAACAAGACUGUUGCAUCAGAUCCUUGAUGAAUUGCAUCUGUGUGCUAAAAAAUUCAAAGUUGCGGUCAUUGUAACAAAUCAGUUGACUACAAAAGUCUUUGGUGAUGGCACCUCACAAGUUGUUCCAUCACUGGGAGAAAGUUUUGGUCACCGUAUUAAUCAUCGUAUCAUGUUAGGAGCUGAGAGAGGUGGCACUUUUGCAGCAGUGCUCUUGAAAAGUGCUGUGUACCCAUGUGCUUCUGUCGGCUUUCAGAUAUCAAAUAUUGGAGUGAGAGAUAUUGGCAAUGGCUAACACCACAACUAUUGAUUGCCAUGUGAUGUUUAAAACUUCAUGCAAUGUUGACACUGAGACCAGGAAGUGGUUCUUGAGCACAGUAUACAUAUGUUUAUAUUCCAGACAAAAAUUAGUUUUUUAUCAUGUGUGUCUUAAUGAUUCUUUUCUUAACUUGUGAAAGAAAGCCUUUGUUCGUACUGUGUAAAUUUUUUGACCAAAAUUAUUGUUUGUAAACUGACCAGUAGCUAAAGAAAUCUAUGUACACACUAUUAUAAAAUUAUUGAUAGUUUUGUAACCUUGGUUACUAUCGUAAUCACAUGAAAUUGAA